GUUCAUUGCACGCGGUCCUCCUUGGCAUCAGAAUUCGGAAAGCUUAACGACUGUGGCUCAUCACAGACACUGAAAUAGUUGAUAUGCUGUAAGAAGCCCUUCAAAUCUGUCUUGUGGCUGCCGAGCUUCUACACUCCAAUACGGUCGAACUGUUACCUUGCUGUUCUUGGUUUUUCGUCGUUUCUCUUGCACGCUAAACCUAUGGCAUCUGCUUCGAAUGGUCCUGCAUCUGAUAACACCCUCAAGUCUAUAUGCUACAAGCGUGGUUCGCUUCAGCUUCUUGAUCAGAGAAAGCUCCCUCUAGAAUCAAUUUACUUGGACAUCCAGAAUUCAACAGAUGGCUGGAAUGCCAUAAAGGAUAUGGUGGUCCGUGGAGCACCCGCUAUUGCUAUUGCAGCAGCACUUUCUUUGGCUGUUGAAGUUUUCAAUCUAGAGGCAUUUAAUGGGUCGCCUGGUGACGCGGCUUCCUUCCUUGGAGAGAAAUUAGAUUAUCUUGUCUCGAGUCGGCCAACUGCAGUGAACCUUUCAGAUGCUGUAACCAAACUCAAAGAAGUUAUAUCUAAGGCUGUUGCUUCUACUACGGAGGCCAAGAGUGUUUUUCAGGCAUAUAUAGAAGCUGCUGAGAUUAUGCUUGAGGAAGAUGUUGCCUCGAAUAGAGCAAUUGGUUCUUUUGGAGCUAGUAUUAUUCAGCAACAAAUGGGGAAAAGAAAGCUUUCUGUCUUGACCCAUUGCAACACUGGAAGUCUUGCCACUGCUGGAUAUGGUACUGCUCUGGGUGUAGUUCGUGCACUUCAUAGUGAAGGGGUCUUAGAAAGGGCCUAUUGCACAGAAACACGCCCUUUCAAUCAGGGUUCUAGGCUUACAGCCUAUGAGUUGGUGCAUGAACGCAUACCUGCCACUCUUAUAGCAGACUCUGCAGCAGCUGCACUGAUGAAAGCUGGACGAGUAGAUGCUGUUGUUGUUGGGGCAGACCGUGUUGCAUCAAAUGGUGACACAGCCAACAAAAUUGGAACCUAUAGUGUUGCCUUGUGUGCCAAGUUCCAUAAUGUACCCUUUUAUGUGGCUGCUCCUUUGACUUCCAUUGAUCUGUUACUUUCUUCUGGACAAGAAAUUGUCAUCGAGGAGAGAUCGCCCAAGGAACUGUUAAAUGCAUGUGGAGGGCUUGGAGAGGUAGUUGCUGCUCCAGGAAUUUCUGUGUGGAAUCCUGCUUUCGAUGUCACUCCAGCUAGUCUGAUUUCUGGUAUCAUCACAGAUAAGGGUGUUAUUACCAAGACAAGUGAUGAUACAUUUGACAUAAAAGCUUUCACACAGAAGACAGGUUAUGCCAACAGUUGAAGUAAUGCUUGUGGUGACGUAUGAGGAAUUAUGUUUAUGGAGACAUAUCUGACAUCUGGUACUAUGGAAUAAUUUAGAUUCAAGUAGCAUAGAAUAAGUUUGUUGGAUGAAUUUAUAAACGAUCCUACGAAACAGAUGGGGCUAGCAAAUAAAUGGGUAAAUUUAAUAAUAAUUAGAUUA